UCUCUCCAAACUAUCCCGUCAAACUGUUCAUCUUCACUACCUGAGGCGGGAAAAGCAUAUGAGAACGAUUGAAGCUUGCUCCGGGAUCUCUUCCAGCAUCGAACCCCAUAGAGGAGCAGAGUCUUUGUGAUCAUGGCAUCGGGUCGCAAAGUGUCCUGCGAGCCGAGAAUGGAUGAGUUUAGGACAGUGGAUUUGGUUAUCCAUCAUGGUGGGAGGUUUGUAAGGGACCCUGAGAUGAGGUAUGAGGGUGGUUUUGUAGAUCUGAAAAAGGACAUGGACAAUGACAAGAUCACUGCAGCAGGGAUUGAGGAGUUAGCUGGUAAAAUAUCACAGCACACCUACUGGGGUGUUCUUUAAAAAUCCCAUUUUUGCUGAUUUUGAGGCUGUCCUAGAACCUUAUAAAGAUGAUGACGCAAGAAUGUUAUUGAAUAUACUGAGCGGAGUGAAUGAGCCUAUGAGAGAGGUGCAUUUGUACUUUGAAUAUCUGCAAGUAGAUAGGCCGGAUGAAGCUAAUGCAGAGAAGGUUAGACAACUUAUGAGGAUGCAAGAGGAAGCAACUCAUGAAGAGCAUGCUGCUAUGGAACAGGAAGAAGCAGUGGGGGUAAAUGACAGUAGGAGAAGCACAAGCACUUCAAAGGAUGACAGUGCAGAGGACAACACAUACAAGUUGGGUCCCGAUGCAAGGGCGUGGGAUGUAGAGGAUGAUUAUAUGGAGUUCUUAGCAUCCAUUGACCCCGGUCUAGAGCAGUUUGAUGAUCAAGCUCAUGAGGAGUUUCAUGAGGGUGAAGGAGGUGAAGAAGGAGAAGGAAAUGAAGGAGAACAAGCAGGUGAAGGAGCACAAGCAGCCACACAGACUGGUAAGAAGGGAGUGCAGCUGGUCUUGCCAGAGCUGCUGCUUCUCCUGCUGCAGGAAGUGAAGCAGGACCUUCCACAGAUCCUGUUACGGGAAAUGCAUCCCAAGAAGCCUUUGAAGAGUUUGAAGAGGGCUGUGAAACAUAGGAGUUGAAGUCAAUCAAAGAUGAGGACUCAGAUGAUGAAGGCAUCCACAAAACCACUGUGAAUGAUUUGCCCGAUCUUCCACAGAUACGCAGCUGUUGUGACUGUCUUCCACAUUGAACCUCCUCUUCAAACGAUCUCCCAGAGCAUAUUGCACCUUCAUGCUUGUCGAUUACCAAAAUAGAAGGAAGAAGGAGGGGAUGGAGAGCUUCGAUCUUUGAUUUGGUACCAGUCAGUGAAGAAGAAGAGCAGAGGAGAUGAGAGGGAGUUGGGGGUUGUGAUCUUUGGGGUUUAGGGCGGGUAAAUGCAUUUCAAUGCCCAACGGACAAAUCUUGGGCUAUAAGGACUUCAUUGAAGUCAAGAAAUAAUCUUGACUUUGAGAGACACCGAAAAAGAGACAAAAAUUUUAAAAAAAAAUUCAGGGACCUUUUUGAUAUUCAGCUCAUCGGGAUCCGCAACGGUGUUAUGACGAUAGGGAGGAAUGGACCGAAAUGAUGUGAUAGAUGACUCAUUUGAUAUUACAAGGGACCUAAUUGAUGUUACAAGGGAUUAAUGUGAUGUCAUUUUCGUCUGAGGGAUCCAAGUGAUGUAAUUCGUCCAUGUCAGGCACAAAAUUGAUAAUUAACUCGCCUCUUCCUUCU